AUGUCUUUACCCGGGAAGUGGCUCCAUAAUAUUUGGUCAACCAUCGUCCUUCGUCCACUCAUGUUUGCAUUAGAAAAAUUGGGUCUGAUCAAGAACAAGUCAAAUUCUUCAAGUACUUCUUCCGAUCGGUAUAGCGGAAUUGGCUCUGGGGAUGAAGGAAAACAAAAGAAGACAUUGAAAAUUGAAUUUCCGAUACUUCCUGUGCAUCCUCUUCCUAAACUGUAUGAUGAAAAAUCUAAAAGUUAUUUUGUUCAAGAUUUUGAUAUUGACACUGAUGAUCCUAAUGAUAUUUUGAAAUUCUUUAAUGAUUAUGGUGUGGUCGUGUUUCGGAAUAUACUUUCUGACGAACAAAUUGAAAAUAGUAUUCAAGAGGUUUGGGAAGAGCUAGAAGAGAGUGAAAAUUUCAAGAAACAUGAUCCAGAAACUUGGAAGAGAGUUUCUCGGUUAGGUAUUCUUGGAGACUCUGUGUAUUGGAAGAAAACAGGAAUGGAAAAUAGGCAAAAUGAAAAACUUGUAAGAGCAUUUGAACUAUUAUACGGAAAAAGUAGAUCUGAACUAUGGACGAGCUUUGAUCGAGUUGGAGUAUUGACGCCAACUCUCAAUAUUCCGUGUCCAUACUAUGACUCCAAAUCGUUGCCAAAAUCUAGCAUUCCUCAUGAAAUACAGUCUCCAACUAAAACGGUGGACAAGGAACAUUUAAGGACAGAGGCUCAGUGGCUACAUUGGGAUUGUAAUCCGUUUUGUGUUCUGGGAGAAUUUCCACCAACUAUUGAAAGCGAAGAAGAAAAUACAUCCAUUUUGGAACUGAAUCCAAAUUAUUAUUUAAUUACUGAAAACAAUGGAAACCAUGGAUUAUUGCGAUUGCAGGGCGUGCUUCAAUUAAGCGAGUCAAGAGAAGACGAUGGAGGAUUCCUCUGCGUUCCUGGAUUUCACAAUCAUGCCAAAGAAUACGCAGAGAAAUUAACUGCUAUUCGUCCUGGCCCCAAAUGCACAUUCUUAAGCGUAUUUAAGGGAGAUAACUUGUUGUCACAAACACAAAAGGUACCAGCCAAAGCAGGCUCACUGAUUGUAUGGAAUACAUUACUACCUCAUGCAAAUUAUCCAAAUCAUUCAGACCGAUUCAGAAUUUGUCAAUACAUCAAAAUGAUUCCAAAAAAAGGUAGUGAAUCAUUCCAAAAGUUAAGAGCUACCAAGAUCGAGGAGCAUGCACGAGCAUACUCAUUUGCACCUUCAGAGACUGGCAAACAAGUGUUUGGUUUUGAACUGCUUGACAAGUACAAACAACUGUAA